AUGAACGCCAGGUCGGAUCAUAGUACUGUUCAUCAAAGAACGCAGCUGUUUGGACCAGAAUUUAGCAAACCUGUUGAAAGGUCCAGAUCACCGUUUAACAAUGGUAGCCAUCAGAACAACAGCAAUAACAAUAUUAAUGGGUCACUUGACUAUUCACAGUCGAUGCUAGCACAAUUAGAAUCUCAAAGUGAUGCGGAGGUCGGUAUUAUGAGUGAGAAACUCAAGGCAUUAAAAAACUUAUCUCUAAGGAUGGGAGAAGAGAUUCGUGGCAGUAGCCAUACGCUAGAUGAAUUAGGAAACACUUUUGAGCAGGGAUCUGUUAAGCUGAAGCGUACAUUCAAUAAGAUGAUGAUAAUGGCAAAAAAAUCUAAGAUUAGCAUUAAAACUUGGUUACUGAUUUUUUUUUCAGUAGGUGUUUUAUUCUUCUAUGUGUGGAUUCGAUAA